AUGUUCUUUAUGGAUAAGGCUAAGGACAAGAGAGACAAGGCUGCUAUGAAGGAUGCAACAGGUACCGAGAAACUCACCAUAUUCGGAGCUCAACGAAGCCGUCGUGGAGCCCUACUGAAGGUGAUGUCGUCGGUUGAAACUAAGAACCCUGGAUGGUUCACAGAUGGCUGCACGGAGAAGCGCCAUAAGGACGUGAAGGGCUUCGCUACUGACAGGCUGUAUCUCUCAUCGGAUGAUCUCUCCUAUGCUUUGGGUAAGCGAGGAACUACUAGGAAGAAGUUGGCCGCUGCUUCUGGGUGUAUAUUGGAGUAUGUGGGCCAGUGGUGCUUCAUGGCUGGCACUGAGGCGCAGAGGGAGAGGUGCCGUAAGUACUUGAAGUGGUUGACGGCACAAAGGCAUGGACCUGUUAGUCUUGGUAGUAGAGACUUGAGGGGAAGAGAUGACUGGGAUAGAGUUGAAGUGAAGAGGGAGCUACGCUCGCAGUUGGCUGGUAAUCGUGGUCAAGAACUGAGGCGUGUCGAAGAGGACACCAGCACGUUCUGUUUCAUGGCAUAUAAUGAGGAUAAGAGCGAUGAAAGGCUGUUGGUGUUUGGGUAUAGUCAGGCCAAUAGGGAGAGGGCUAUACGCCAGAUUGAAGAGCUUCUACGACAAUUUGAGUACGGUAGAGGAGGGUAUGAUGAUGAUUACUCGUAUGGAGGCUCGCGAGGGGGGUACAAUGACAGGGGUGGCGGCUCGUCGUACUAUGGUGGUGGUCGUGGUGGUGACAGUUAUUAUGGGAGGGGUGACAGUUAUUAUGGUGGCCGUAGAGGAGGUGACUGGUGGGGUAGCGGUUCGAGAGAUCGUAGGGAUAGUGGUUAUAAUAGAGGGGGUAACAGGAGGUCUCGAUCGGCUUCCUAUGGUGAUUAUAGGGAGAGCAGGAAGAGAGACUACUAUUAAAAUGGAGCACUCUGUUAUAGGGCAUUAACGU